AUACAUAAAUAAUUUGUCAUGAUGAGUUGUGGACGUGCAGCUGUGUUGAAUCUUUACCGGAAUUUAAUCCGGGAAAGCAAGAAAUGGAAUUCCUAUAAUUACAGAGAAUAUGCUCUCGCAAAAAUAAGACACGAGUUCCACGUCAAUCGCUGUAUUGCAGAUAGUGGAAAGAUAGAUGCAAUUUAUAAUAAAGGACUCGAAUCCCUGGAGAUGAUCAAGAGACAAGUGAUUGUUGGAAAUCUCUACGCCACGAGGCCUCUAGUUAUCGAAACGAAAGAUAAGGACAAGCUCCAGUCUUGUGGAUAAAUUCUUCAAUUUUUCGGGUUGAUUUUUCUAUGCAAUACAAAAUAAUUGAGAUUUGGUUACUUCCACAGUGGAGUGUCGUGUCAACUAGUGAGACAAGUGUACAAAAAUUAAUAGAAGAACCUGGCGUAUAAACCUGUGAGUUUUGCCGAAAACGGUUUUUCUAUGGAAUUUAAUUACAUAAUGUGGAUAUCUUUACGGUUAAAUCAUCAAUUAAAAAUUAAGAUUCAGUGUAUUUUUAUGAUUCCUGGAUAAUAAAUGUUUUCGUUUGAGCUACAGUAAA